AUGACCGUUUUAACGAAAGAUCAAGCCACGCAAACUGAUAACUUUGUGCAACAAACCGCUUCACUAACAAAAUCGCAGCCAAUCCGAAUCGAACCGAGACCGAACGAAAGGGAACUCUUAGAUACGAUCCCCUCUAACUAUCGCCCAGAUUUGAACGAGAAGACAUCUGCUCGGCCAGAAAGUUUGGAUAAAAAUGUCUAUCAUCGACUCGGGGAAGGAAGCUUAGGGAUAGCAAUCGCUGCGAUACGAGAAACGAAGGAGUCGAAAUCCGAAAGAGUUGUUUUGAAGCGUUUCAAAUUUGAUCCUUUAAUUCUCGAUCCGAACCGGGAUACCUACACGUCGAUGCUUCGGGAAUUCCAGAAUCUGCAGUACUUGUCUCAUGAAAAUAUCGCUGAAAUGAAGGACUCUUUCUGGAGUCUUAACGCGGUCGGAAAUUUGGAUUCAUUAUGGAUUGUCACCGAGAGAAUGACUUAUACACUUGAUGGUCUUUUCCGACAUCGAGCACAAAGAGACGGCGGCCCAAACGAAAAGCCACGUGAUCAUCGCGAGUUGGGUUCGAUGAUUGUGCAAAUCUUGCGAGCACUCGACUAUCUGCAUCAAAUGGGAAUCAUGCACCGAGACGUGAAGCCGGCAAACAUCGGAAUUAACUCUGAUAGUCACUUGAAAAUUUUUGACUUUGGUGUUGCUAGGUCGAUCAACACAAAUAACGAUAGGACACACAUGGCUUCAACUCCUUUAUUUCAGCCGCUGGAAGUGCAACUAGGGCAACAAUACGAUCGCGGAGUUGACAUUUGGUCAACGGGUUUGGUGGUACUCGAGUUUCUCAACAAUCCACUCUAUGACAUAAAAGCUGUGACAAAGAAAGAGCAAAUCGUGCCCCGGAUUCUGGAAGUGUUUGGGUUGCCGGAAGACAAGUACGAAGCAUUUUUCGGGGACAGGUUGAAAGCAGAGCAAUUGCGUGAAUCAACUUUUGAGGCUUUUUUGGAUGAGGGCUUGAAGAGGCUUGGACCUAGUGUUAAAGAUUUGAAUGAAAAGAACCUGAAAGAUCUACUCACUCGUUUGUUGACAAUCAAUCCCCGACGACCGUUGGCCAACGACCUUCUCCGCCACGCCUAUUUAAAAGAAAUAAAUGCAGCUAUCUUAAGAAAAAUGGACGAUCCUUCUAUGGAGCAAUCAACGGAUGAUCCUUCAAGAACCCCAUCGCAAACGAUUCAAAUUGAUUGUGAGAAAGAUACGGAAGGAAAAGCGAAAAUAAUGACAGCCCUGAUUCCUAGCGAUUAUCGACCGGAUCUAAGCGACACCAGCUAUCGUUCGGAGGGUCUAGAUGAAAAGAUGUACCACAAAAUUGGCGAAGGGAGCACCGUGAUUGCUGUAGCGGCUUUGCGUGAGAUCAAAGGUCUCUUUGGAAUCAAAACCGAAAGAUAUUUGAUGCACGAUAAUAUCGCUGAAAUGAGAGACUCUUUUUGGAGUUUUGGUGAGCAAGGGAUCUUGAAUCAUGUGUGGAUUGUCACAGAGAGAAUGGACUUCAAGCUAUCAGAUUUUUUCAGGCAAAGGAAAAAGAAAGAUGCCACGCCAAAGCCAGAACUUCGUGAUCAUCGCCAUCUGGGAUCGAUUCUCAUUCAGACCUUGCAAGGACUCGAUUACCUGCAUCAACGUGGGAUCAUGCAUCGGGAUGGAUUUCAGGAUGUGAAGCCAGACAACAUUGGAAUCACCAAGCAAUUCAAAUUGAAACUUUUCGAUUUUGGAGUUGCAAGACCAAUCAACGAUAUGAAAGAUUUGACGGAGUCCGUUUCAACUCCUUUAUACCUACCGCUUGAAGUGCAACUAGUUGAACAAUAUGAUUGGGGAGUUGACAUUUGGUCGACGGGCUUGCUUGUACUCGAGUUUCUCAAUUGUCCACUCUAUCCGCCGACAGUGAACUCGAAAGAGAAAAUCAAGCAAAGGAUUCUGGAUGUUUUUGGGUUACCGGGUGAUAAGUACAAGGAAUUUUUCAAAAACAAGCUUCUAAUCGAGAGGUCACGAGACGGGGUUUUUCACACUUUUCUGACCGAAGCAUUUAAACGACUCGAUUCAGCGUUUCGGGAUUUGAAUGAAGAAAAUUUGCGGGAUCUUCUCAGCAAAAUGCUCUGCAUCAAUCCACGUAGACCGCUGGCAAGCGAGCUUCUCGAUCAUGAGUAUUUGAAAGCAAUGAAAAGUGACAUGACGAGGAAACACGUUCAAAUCUCGGGCAACGAUCAUCACGCGAAAGAUCAACGCGACAAGGAAACGCUGAUCAAAAUGCUCAAGAAUUUUUCGAGACAAUUG